CUCCGCGCAUGCGCGCCGCGCGCCGGACUCCUCGGACGCCGGCGGUUGAGCAUCGAUCGCGGUGCGCUCGUGCGAGCACCCCCACAAUAUGAUAUGGUACAGCUACAACCCAAAAUGUGGACCCUUGGGAGACUACUUGAUAGAACCUCGUUUGCUUUGAUAAUACCUCUGUUAAGAUAAUGGGAGACCCUUGGCAGGAGUGCACGGAUUAUGCAGUAGUCCUCGCAAGACAAGCUGGAGAGAUGAUUCGUGAAGCUCUGAAAACUGAGAUGAACGUCAUGAUUAAAAGUUCUCCCGCCGACUUGGUGACAGUUACUGACCAAAAAGUUGAGAAAAUGCUCAUGUCGUCUAUAAAGGAAAAGUACUCAUAUCACGGUUUCAUUGGUGAAGAAUCUGUGGCAGCUGGAGAAAAGACAGUCUUGACAGAGCAGCCCACGUGGAUCAUUGACCCUAUUGAUGGAGCGACUAACUUUGUGCAUCGUGCCUUUUGGACAGCAUGCCCUCAGAGAAUAUCUGCUCUCCCUGAAGAUUACUAUCCUCAGGGUCAUCUUGACUUGAACCGAAGGAACAAUAUGGUUGUAGCAGACCUAAUUGGUGAAUUGAAGACAGAUCUGUCUGAGACUGGAAUCAUCAACUAUUUGUAAGGGGUUUGUGAUGGGUUGAAUAAGAAGAUCAUGAAGUAAAUAAUAAUCUAUGCAAGAAGGCUCUUUGGGGUUUGAGCAAGUCCUAAAGGAUCAUCUACUGAAGUUUUUACCAAGAAGGUAUCACAUCUGAAACUGUCUUUCCAUAAAGUUGCCCUACCACUAAACCACCAACCAAAGAGUACACAUGGAGGGAUCCAUGGCUCCAACUGCUUAUGUAGCAGAGGAUGGCCUUGUUGGACAUUAAAGGGAGGAGUGGUCCUUGGUCCUGAGAAGGCUCGAUGCACCAGUAUAAGGGAAUGCCAAGACAGAGAAGCAGGAGUGGAUGGGUUGGUGAGCAGGAGUAGCGGGGGAUGGGAUAGGGUGUUUUCGGAGGGGAAAACAGGAAAAGGAAUAACAUUUGAAAUGUAAAUAAAGAAAAUAUCUAAUUAAAAAAGAAUCAAAUAAGAUAGUUAAUAUCAGAAAUUGUGAAAGUGAUAAACAUUAAAAAGUAUGCAAAUAGAUAAUUAGCAAUGAA